AGUUUGUACCAAGUUUGAAUACUAUCAACUUCUUAAACUUUUAGUACUCAUAGUUACUCGUAAAAUUUAUUCGAGGGUAAAAAGUAAGUUUAUUGAAUGAGAUUUUAGCAUAAGUAUCGAUGUUAUGUGUAUCAACAUAAUGUUUACAGGAAAAUAAUAUGGUGGCGAAGUACAUUAGAACUUGCUUAGUGUUUUGCUUAGACGAGGUCUGACACAUAUAUUUGGAACACAAUCUAAUGAACUGAAUUUUUCAGAGAUGGAUGAGGUGAGGAGGAGCAGCAGCAUCCGUGGCCCCCAGACAGUGGAGUUGCCGAAGCUGGAGAUUGAUCGUCAGUUCGCUGAAGUACGACUCCUGAAGGAGAAUGGUAGCAUUAAAGUCUUCAGCGCUAGAUGUCUGGAGUCUGACUCCAGCAGCGUGGCUCUCAAGAGUGUGCAGAAGGACGCCAUCAAGAAGAAGGAUUUCCUUCAAGAGUUCUAUUACAACUCCUUGCUUAGUUUUCAUAGCAAUAUUUACAAGUGUUUUGACCAAGUCUUCGAAACAGAAACUUCCUACGUCUUAGUACAAGAGCUGUCUAAACUGGGUCAUUUAUCAGAGUUUGUCAGGAGAGGCGGCAUGGGGGAACUAGGGACGAAGACUGUAGUGAAGCAAAUCGCUCAAGCUCUGGAGUUUAUGCACGAGAGAGACCUGGUUCACAGUGAUAUCUGCACAGAAAACAUCUUCGUAUUUGAUCGAAAAUUUUCGCUAGUCAAAUUGGGCUGCUUCAGCAAGACCCAGCAAGAGGGAACACUGGUGAAGAAGUUGAAGGUUGGGUCACCCUGGGCGCCACCAGAAGUGAGUGUGGCCGUGUAUAACGAGGGUUACCACGUCCACAGAAGCCAGGAUGCCUGGCAACUUGGCAUCCUCAUCUUCGUGUGCCUGACUGGUUCAUAUCCUUGGUCUUCUGCAGAUAUCACAGACCGCCACUACAACUCCUGGGUGGCCUGGCUAAAGCGUAAGACCACGAAGAUGCCACCACGCUUCCGGUGCUUCACUCCUCGCCUUCUUCGCCUUCUACGUCGCCUCCUGGAGCCCAAACCUAAAAAACGUCUUGGUGUAAAGGAAUUAUAUAAGUACUUACCUGAUGUCUGGCACUUGAGGGAGACUCACGCAGCCAACAUAACACUGAAUGACACUUUAUCGAAAUUUUUAUCGGAUGGAGCGAAGUCAUUGUUUACUCGAACUGAGACAAAAAUGGUUGCGGUUCUUCGUCACUACCUUCGUCAGAUAGAUUCACAGCCCCAGGAAGAUAAGAGACGCGUCAGUUUUGUUUCUGAAGAAGGAGAAGCCACUUCUCGCCUAGAGUCCCAGCCAAAAGAAUGCAAAAGAAGCGUGAGCUUCGCUUCUGCCGAUGGUGGCGCUGCUUCCCACAGCAAAUCAAAACCAAAAGAAUACAAGAGGCGAGUGAGCUUCGCUUCUGACGGUGUUCUCGCCACUUCCCACACUAGCAACACAAGCACGUCGUAAAACAGAGCAUAUGUUAGGUAAUGCUGCUGUGUCUCUACUGUGUUAUAUUGCUCUAUAAGAACCCAGACGAAGAAGCAUUUAGGGCCAUUAUUUGUAGCCCUGAAUUCUAUGAUGGGGGAAGCUACAGAUAUUUAUGAAAUUGCC